AUGGACAAUACAAGAUUACAAUUAAUAGAAAUGCACAAUAAUGAAAAAUGGGAAGUAAAUAAAAUAAGUGAAAACUUUGAAAUUAGUUUUAAGAUUUUCGAGUAAACAAAUACAGUUUCAAUAAAAGCGCAUGCAGAAUUAGAAAUACCUUGGUUUAAUUUAGUUGCUUUGAUUUAUGAAGUAGAUUUAUUUACCGAAUGGUUACCUUUUUGUAAGCAAUCAUAUACAAUAGCUAAAUUCAAAAAAAGUUAGAAGACCGCCUAUUUUGAAAUGGGGUUACCUUUUAUACAUAAUAGAGAUGCUUAUAUUGAAGGAAUUGGUAUAGAUAGAUUAGAUGUAAAUGGAACUAUUUUGAUUAAAUGUAGGUCUAUAUAGAAUGAUAAAGAAUUAAUGUAAAAAAUAGGGAUUGAUUUGACUAAAUCUAAAAAUGUUUAGAUUGAUAUAAAAUUUUUUUCAUGUGAAAUUUAACCAAUUACAAAUGGAAUUGUUAAAAUUAAAAUUAUUUCUAAUAUUAAUCCAAAAGUUAAUUUUAUUCCUAAAUGGAUGAUUAACUUCUUCUGUAAAUAAUUUGGAAAAUAUUUAAUUAAAAAAAUGAUUAGUUUGGCUAAAAAUAUAAAGAAUUAGGCUUAAGAUGUAAAGAGAAUAGAUAAAUAUAAUUUCUAGCUUUCAGGUAUUUUAGGAUAAGGCUCGUUUGGUAAAGUAUACAAAGGAAAAAAUACUGAAAAUAACUAAGCAGUAGCAGUAAAAGCAAUAGAUAAAAAAUUAAUUUAAGAUGAUGCCUAUAUGAUGAAUGGUCUGUUUUAAGAAAUAUCAAUAAUGAAAAAAUUUAAAAAUUAAAAUAUAGUAGAAUUAAUAGAUGUGUUAGAAACGUCAAACAAUUAUUAUAUUAUUCAAGAAUUUUGUGAUGGAGGUGAUUUAAGAACUUGUUUGAAAAGAAAAUAAUGCUUAUCUGAAUAAGAAGCGGUAUAUGUAAUUAAAGAUUUAUUAAAUGGAUUUAUUGAGCUUAUUAAAAAUGGUGUUAUCCAUAGAGAUUUAAAACCUGAAAAUAUAUUGAUUAAAGGAGAUUCAUAUAAACUUGCAGAUUUUGGAUUUGCAAAAACUGUUGAUAAUUUUUAAAAAUAAAUGCUUUCUUCUUUAGUUGGAACCCCUCUUUAUAUGUCUCCUUAAAUAUUAUCUGAAGAUAAAUAUACAUCUAAAAGUGAUUUAUGGUCUUUAGGCUUUAUUUUUUAUGAAUGCUUGUAUGGAAAUACUCCUUAUACUGCUACAUCUUAAUAUUAAUUGUAUAAAAAUAUAUAAAAAUUACCUUUAGUUUUUCCUGAUAAUUUUGUUGUUUCUGAUUUGUGUAAAGAUUUUAUUAGAAGGUGCUUAGUAAUUGAUGAAAACAAAAGGAUUGAUUGGAAUGAUAUUUUUAGACAUAAUUUAUUUUAAGGGCAUUUCUAAUAAUAUACUAAUUUAAUUGAUUAAUUGGAAGACAAAGCUUAAUAUAUUAUUAAUGAGUUAAGGUAGACUAUUUAUAAGAAUUAGAUUGAUUUAGAAGAGCUUUUUCAAAAAUACGAUUUUACUAAAAAUUCCAUGUUGGAUUUUAAAGAAUUUACUUAAUUAAUGUAGUCUAUUGAUAAAGGAUUAGAUAAAACUUAAAUUGACUAUAUUUUUUAUAAAUUUGAUGAUAAUGGAGAUAAAAGUAUAAGUUUUUAAGAAUUUACGAAAUGGCUUUCAAAUAACAAUGUAAAUUUAAGUUCUAAAUAAUAAAAAAAUAGUUAGAAUAAAUUAUAACAGUAAAUUUAUUUUAUUUAUACAUUUUCAUCAAUUUAUUAAAAAAGUAGUAAUUUAGAUAAUAAUUUGAAUUAAAAGUUAGAAAAAGCUCAUCAUGUUAUUUAAAAAUUAUAAUAUGCAAUUCUAAAACAUAAUAUUAAUUUAAAUGAUUUAUUUAACAAAUAUGACAAAUCUGAAGAUCAAUAACUUAAUAUUGAGGAAUUUUCAAACUUAAUAAGGAAAAUAGAUAAAGAUUUAAAUGACGAAGAAACACUUAUUAUUUUUGGAAUUUUCGAUAUAAAUAAGGAUAAUUAAAUUACUUUCUAAGAAUUCUUUAGUACUUUACAAAAAGUUCAUUAGCUCAAAAAUAGCAAUUCAUUGAAUAAUAACGAUGAUAAUAUAUGAAAAUGAAAUUAUAUAUGAAAUUAAAAAUAAAGUAAAAACAUAAAUAUAUUUAAAUUUAUAUUUAUAAAUUUUGACUUGAUUUUAAA